AUGGAUGUAGCAGUGAAUGAUAUUGAAGAGUGGACCAUGGGACAACAUGGGGGCAUCACAGAUGAUGGAAAUGAUGAGUCCAAUGAGGCUGGGGACAUAAAUGCUUAUGGUGACUCUAUGGACCGGGAUGGGGUUGGGAUAUUUCCCGAGCCUCAUGUGGGAAUGGAAUUUGAAUCCGAGUAUGCUGCCAAGACGUUUUAUGAUGACUAUGCCAGACGCCUGGGGUUUAGCACCCGUAUCAACCAGAAUAGUCGCUCAAAGACUGAUAGGAUGGUUACUUACCGGGAGUUCUUAUGUUCCAGAGGUGGGUUAAAAAGAAGAUCUGGUGAUAUCUGUGCUGCAAUGCUUAAAAUAGAGUCAAGGGAUCAUGACAAAUGGGUUGUGACAAAAGUGGUGAAGGAACAUAGUCACUCGACUGUAAGUCCUGCUGCAGUGAAUCAUCUCAAAACACGGAGAAAUUUUGCUGCCGCCAAAAAUAGUGAGGCAGAAACUCACCAAGGUGUGGAUAUAAUUCCCAGUGGUGUGAUGUAUGUUUCAAUGGAUGGAAACCAUGUUUCAGCCGAAAUCAGCCGAGGCAAGAAUAUGCCUCCUUCAGAAUCCAAUCGUAUAGUCAAGAACACUGGUUCAUUGUGCUACACUUCUGGACAUCCCAGUCGAAAAAGGACAUUAGAGACAUAUAAUGUGGCUCUUGGUGCUCUUAGAGAAGGGGUGAAGAAGGCCGCUGCUGUGAAGAGAAGUGUAGCAAAAGUUGCACCUCCGAGCUCCCUGGUUAAUGGAGUUGGUUAUGAUGAUUGGAGGACAUCCACCUCAGCUCCAGAGAUGACCCCAUUGUUAUGGCCACGACAAGAUGAAAUGAUACGUCGCUUCAAUCUUAAUGAUGCUGAUGUUGCUGGUCAACCAGUGUCCAAUAUGAAUUUUCCACAUAUGGCUCCAGUUUCUCUUCACCAAGAUGAUAAUCACGCUGAUAAUAUGGUGACUCUUCCUUGUCUUAAGUCGAUGACUUGGGUGAUGGAGAAUAAAAAUGCAAUGCCCGCAAAUAGAGUAGCUGUAAUUAACCUCAAGUUGCAAGAUUACAGUAGGACUCCAGCGGGAGAAUCAGAAGUUAAGUUUUCACUCUCUAGAGUCACAUUAGAGCCCAUGUUGAGGUCCAUGGCCUACAUCAGCGAACAGCUUUCUUCCCCGGCCAACAAGGUUGCGGUCAUCAAUCUGAAGCUUCAAGAUACUGAAACAACUUCAGGAGAAUCAGAGGUGAAAUUUCAAGUUUCUAGGGAUACUUUAGGUGCCAUGUUGAGGUCGAUGGCAUACAUCCGUGAGCAGCUGUCAAAUGCUGUUGAGCGCAAACAAGAUAAUCCAGUCAAAAAGCAACGGAAAUAA